GAAGGCUGCGAUAAAACAAGAGAAAAAUACCGUGAACGAUGUGAUGUUCAUAGGUAUCCGCAUCAAGGUGGUGCAUGUGUGGAAUUUAUCAAACAAUAACCAGCAUCAAACGGAUUUAAAGCGCAGAGCAACACACUUAUCAGAUGAUCAUUCAAACAGUAAAACCCGUGUCAAUUGAACAUGUGUGCUACUCUGUUAGAACCGGACGACCACUUAGGUCUAAAUCUAUUGUUUAUGAGAUCAAUUUUGGCAUUUUUCUCGCUUGUUUCGAAAUUUUCCAUACAAUUUUUUUUUUUUGAUAAAAAUAAUAGUGAUUUGGAAAAGAUCAGAAUGACGGGAUAAAUCUUGAACAAAAUUCGAAACCGCACUGAAAUCUCUUCUUCAUUUCAAAAUGAUAUCUUGUUUGAGAAAAAUUCAUUUUGAAUCUGUGAACAUGACAAUAAAAUUAAUUGUCUCACAGAGUCUAUGUCGAUUGAUUUCGGCUCAACUUGACUCUGCCCAGAAGCUCUACUCUGUCUGUAACUGACAAGCGAGAGAAAACAAAAACGAAGAAGAAGACGAAGCUCAUGCACCAUCGCAUCGGAUUCGAUUUCCUGUAAAAGAAUAAGCGGCAGCUUUCAACUAUUCUCCACUUCCAUUGGAUUUCAACGGUCAAAGUGUAUCUAAUGUAAUGGAAACUAAAUGCAAGUGGAGACGGUGUGUAAAAAAUUGUGUAGAAAAACUUUUAAAAUGGGGAAGGUUCUUUGCUCACGCGUUCAAUGAGCAACAUAUGAUGUUGCACUGAUCAUGUAUAUAGAUUUACCUUGUGCAUCAUGUGAGGAAAGUGAGCCGGCUCCGACGUCGAUGAGAGCGAUAGAGAGAGGGAGAGAGUCUCACUCGAAUUAAUAUGAUAGAUAUAGUGUGUACGGUUGGAAAGAGGAUGGAAAGUAUAUCGUGUUCAUAGCCCAAAGGUAUUUUUCAAAGAGAGUUCUAUUAAUAAAUCACAUUUGUAAAUAAUUUUCGCAUAUGGUUGAUUGCGCAUUGAGUUACUGAGAAUGAAUCGUGUUGUUGUUUUGUGUGUGCGUGUUUAAGAGGUGUGCGCAUGUGUCGUUUGCAGGCGAUCCACUGAAAUUCUAUAGGGCUCUCUUCUCUCGCACCGACAACUCUUACCGAAAUUACACACACACACACACACCAAAGAAAAAGUAUAGGACGGCGUAAUUUUUUUUUUUCUGUUGAUUUUCGGUUGGAACUCGCGCAUGCGACGACCAGCACAAAAUAUGAAAUUUCCGAAAUUGAAACCGUGUGUACGACGACGUUUAGGAAGCAACGGGAAACGAGUGUGUGAACGCGAAAAGAAGUGAAGAGGAACGACGAGAAAAAAAAGAUACAGAAAACGAAGCCAAUAUGUGAUGAUUUUCCUUGGCGAAGCUGUGGAAAUUCAUACGGCAUUUCAAAUAAAAUUCAUGUUAAAGUCGCGUGAAAUCACUUCUGCGUCGUACUUUUCAGUCGAAUAAAAUAAAGCCCGUGCGCUUGUCGUAUCAAAACGAGAGACGGAACACAAUCCAAUUGAAUUGAUCAUUGACCAAAGCAUUCGCUACAAAUUUAUACGUCGAGAUAAACAGAAGUCGGAUCGUUGUUUGACCCACGGCAAUUUUCAAUGUUUCGUAAUAAUCCAUUUGUGUGUGUUUCGGUGACCGUGUGUAUGGGCAAAUUGAAUUGAAAUGUGAUCAAAUUAAAAAUUUGAAAUUGAACUAUACCGAUGAAAUAAGUGAAAAAUAGAGAGGGAGAGAGAGAGAGAGAGAGAGAGAGAGAGAGAGAGAGAGAUAGAGACGAAGAAGAAGAAGAACUCAAUGGAAUCAAAUCGUGACGUGUCAAACUAAGCAACAGCAAUAGCAGGCAAUAGCAGCGGUGUGGUCAGCGUCAAUAUACCAAAAUAGACAGUUUUUUAUGUAAAUAAAUAGCCAGAAAAAACAACCAAUCUUAUUUCAUCGGUGUGAGACAAGCGCGUCAGGAAAAGGAAUUUUCUGUGGACGCACGAAUAAAAUUACGAAGCAUAGCAGAGGUGAAAAUAAAAUUGAUAUCGAAAAUGAAUAUCAUUUUAUAAUCUCGAACGAAAUACGAAGCUAGUCGACGAUAGUGAAAAUCAAAAAAAGGUGAAAAGAGUAAAGAAGAGAGGGAUAAAAUGACAAGUCCUCCAAAAAUUACAGCUGAAUGGAUAGUUCGUGCACAGUUAACCAUUUGUCGGCCAGACACAUUGAGAGCAAAUGUCCAGAAUCAGCAACAAGAUACAACCUAUUCCAUUGAACGACCGCAAGGAAUCGAACGGCAUUUUGACAAUGAAAAUCCGAUUAAAGUGAUUUAUAAAUGGUCGUCAAGUGAUGCGAACACAGGCGAUGCAUCUUCCGUGGUGGAAACGGUGCUGAGUGCACCAAAUGCGUCGAAUUUGUCGAGCAAAGACAGUGGCAGUUUCCGGUCAACCGGUGUAACAUCAUCUGAUUCGGGCAUCGGAACAACAACGACCAGUACAUCCAAUCAAAUUGACAAUUCAAAAUAUCACAGCACAUGCAAUAUCAUUCUGACGGCAUGCACCAAUAUUAUUCCUGAACAAAACGAAAUCGCCGAAAGUUUUCCCACAACAUAUUACACACUAUUCCCAGACAACGAGCAUCAUUCGGUUCAGAGUAAUUUAUCGAAAGCAAACAUUCUGUCGGUGAGGGAUGCAUUCUCGCAAACGAGCGACAUCGAAUCGAAAAAGUAUUCGGCACCGGAUUCAACAUAUAAUUCACAAGAAACACUACACCCACAACAACACACAAAACAUAGCAAAGAGAGAAAUUUAACCAGGGGUUCUCCUCCGUCUAGCAGUAAUUUAGCAACGCCACCCGUAUUUUCGCCGCCAUCAUCGUCUGGAACAAAACCAGUGGCUAAAAAACCGUCACGAACCGUACACAUUGAUGUGUACUGCACUGGUUCGGAUGCUGAGGACAGCUGUUCAAGUGACAGCAGCAGUAGCUCAAACUCAAUCGAAGAACCAAACGUUGUUGAAUUGGAAUCAAAUUCAACGCCACAAACCGUUUACGAUUCCAAUCAAUUGAAGCUGCAUCACACGCGUGUUAAUGACACGCAAGGUUUGCCGCGUCGAAUCGUGGCAUCCAAUCAACAUGACUACAUGCAGAAUGCAAGCUAUAGCAAUUUACGAGACUAUUUACUCGCUCAAUGCGACUCAAGAGAUGAAGUGACUGAAUCGAAGCAAAUGCUGUUUGAGAAACACGUUGGUGGCCAAAGCAUUGCGAAACCGUCACGAUUCUCCAAUUCAAGGAAUCGCUUCAAUUUGCAUCGUGAGCAAAGUGACGAUUGUAUCAGUUCAAAUUAUCCGAAUUCUUCACAUUCUACGGUUCGCGACUUGACCUGCAGCAGCAUCUCAAGUGUGAUGGCUGCCUCAAGCUCUGCCGUUCCCGAUGAUCUGGAGUCAUCGUGGAAAGAAACGGACAUGGAUAACAGUACGAAAGGCUCCAGCAUUUGCCCGUCGGACAGUUUUGACUAUGACAAUCGCUCCGAUCGAUGGCGCAUCCGGCAAAUGGAAGACGCAUGGAAAGAGAAGGAGAAACGAUGGAGGAUGUUCAGCUCAUCCAUUAUGCAUGAUUCAAUUGAAGAAAAAGAAUUGGCAGACGAUUCAAAUCAUGACCACGAAAAUGUGCCAACAUAUGAAAUUAAUCAAGAUCAGUAUCAAAAUGUUGAACAAGUUGACAAUGUUAACCAACAUCCAAAUACAUUUCCGGAAUUUUUUUCCAAUGAACCGGCACCGCAAAUUGAGGCAUUUGAUGUUGGCACACGAUCAAGACCUAUGUUCGGCCGUGGCAAAAGCAUGGAGCUGCCGGUGAUAAAUAUUCAGGAACGAAUGGCAAGGCCAGCCACAUUUUGGCUUAGGAGUGACUUUGAGCCACACAAUGAAAAACGUAAAUCACCUGCCAUGAUUCCAGGCUACACACGUCAACAUCUGUUGAGGGCACAAAAAUUCGGAUCCGUCAUUGAAACGAUCCGAAAACCCGGCCAUCAUGUUGGACCAGCGAAGAAUCCUGACUGUAAAUGUGAAUAUUGUCGACGAUGGUUUGCUGAACGUAGCGACCAUUUCCGCGAACGAGCCUCAUCGCUUGACAUUACUUUUAUUGGCGGUUUGCCGAAUCGUCGUUAUACACGCAAUUAUUAAAAAUUGAAAAAUCCCAAAAUAAAUCACUUUUCACCGUCAUUAUGACAGUAGUUGCAUUUAAUCGAUGUUGUUUCGAAGAAAAAAAAUUCAAAAUUCAGUCUACAUUGACUUGAAACAUUAAAUGUGAUGGUAGAAAAAAAAGAAGAGAACGAAAUAAAAUCUGUACGCAAUUUAAAUUUAAUUCGCAAGUCGAUGUCGUGUAUUUUUAUUAAUUUUUUAUUUAUUUAUUCAAUAAAGCCGAAAUGAUUACGCAACACAA